CAGACCGGGCGACUACUGGCCCAUUUGCUCCGGGGCGGAUGUUUCGCGUCAGUUGGUCGCAGACCCCUCGUGGCCCUCUUCUCAGCGGUUGCGCUGUUGUUGUAACCAAGUGUCCCGCCCCAUCGUUUCCAUAACAACAGUACACAACGCCUCCCGGCGCCUGCCCCCUCUUCCAAAACAAUCCUUCCUUGUCAGGGCCUAGACCCUCUCCGGAACCUCAUUUUUUAGUAGGGCGGAACCAGGAGCCUUCAGCAGGGAAGAAAGAUGUCAGAUGAAGAGCUGGAAGACUUUGAGCCAGACCAGGACGAUAUGGAAAAAGAAGAUGAUGAGAAGGAGAUGGAGGAGUGGGAGGACUACAGGAAGGAGGGAGAAGAGUACUCAGAGGAAUGGAUGCUCAAUCCCCUCACCGAGGACAUGAUGAAGGAAGGGCUUUCUUUGCUCUGUAAGACGGGCAAUGGACUGGCUCACGCUUAUGUCAAGCUGGAUGUUAAAGAGAGGGACCUGACCGACAUCCACCUGUUACAGUCCUACAUCCAUCUGCGCUAUGUGGAUGUUUCCGAGAACCACCUCACAGACUUGUCCCCACUCAAUAAUCUGACCCACCUGCUCUGGCUCAAGGCUGAUGGCAACAACCUGCGGAGCGCACACCUGAACGAGCUGCCAUACCUGCAGAUUGCCAGCUUUGCCUAUAACCAGAUCACUGACACUGAGGGCAUCUCCCACCCUCGUCUGGGCAGCCUGGAUCUCAAAGGGAACCGCAUCCGCAGGGUGACUGGUCUGGACCCCCAAAAGCUGAUCAGCCUGCACACACUGGAGCUGCGGGGGAACCAGCUGGAGAGCACCCUGGGAAUCAACCUUCCUAAGCUAAAGAACCUCUUCCUGGCCCAGAACAUGCUGAAGAAGGUGGAGGGCUUGGAGCACCUAAGCAAUCUCACCACCUUGCAUCUUCGAGACAACCAGAUUGAAACGCUGAGUGGCUUCUCCAAAGAAAUGACAUCACUGCAGUAUCUCAAUCUGAGGGGCAACAUGGUGACCCACCUGAGGGAGCUAGCCAAGCUUCGAGACCUGCCCAAGCUGCGAGCCUUGGUGCUGUUGGACAACCCGUGUACAGAUGAGAACAACUAUCGCCAGGAGGCCCUGGUGCAGAUAACACACCUCGAGCGCCUGGAUAAAGAUUUCUUCGAGGAAGAGGAGCGGGCCGAGGCUGAUGAGAUCCGUCAGAGGUUGAAGGAGACCCAGGAGGAGGAGGCUGAGGCUGAGCAUAACUCCGAACUGAAAGUGCCAUCCGUGUAGCUCUUCCAGCCUCGGAGGAUGGAGAUCAAAGACGCUGGCCCUAAGACCUGAGAAGACUCCCAGAGAGCUCCGCUUCCACAUUCAACCCCUCAUCCUGAGACAGAGCAUGGCUUCUCUUGGCCCAGACCUGGGAUUUCAUCACAGCCUGCUGCCCAGGCUCUGUAAUGGGCACCUGGGCAGCGUCUGGGUGGGUCUGAUUCCUGCCUGAAACCUGUGUGUGUGUGUGUGUGUGUGUGCGCGCGCGCGUGUGUCUGGGGGUAGGGGUGUGUGUGUGUUGGGGGGGUGGCUCAGGCAGGUGUAGGGGAACCAGGCCGGGAUCUGCCCAGGGGAUGCUUGCAGAAUUGGCUGCAGAGGAGCUGCGGAGGCGGAGGGGUGUGUGAGAAACAGUUUGGUUUUCAAAUAAAGAGACAUUUUGAUACUCUUGUGUCUGAU